UUUCGCCGACGACCGUGUGUGCGUGUCAGACUCCGUCGUGGUAAGCCGGUGCGCACGGUCCGGUUCGGUGUGUGUAUUGCGUGUUAGAGCGUGUGUGUGUGUGUGUGUGUGAACGAGUACGUUUUUUCUGAAUUUUUUUUUCGUUCAUCGUACCGUUUCGUUUUUAUUUAUUUAUUUACUUUUUUUUUUUUGUGAACGGCAACGACCGGCCAAUCAAUUCGAUAGUAGUGUACGUUUACCUCCUGCGAAAUAAUUACUUAUAUCUACGUAUUCCCGUUCACGUUCAAUCAAGCCGUCUUCGGCCGUGUACGCGAGUGAUUUUUCAAACUCAGUAAAUAAAAAAAAAAAAAACGAAAAACUUUCGAAACGGUUUCGUUCUGUGGACGAUUCGAAGAUGAUCCGCAAUGACUCGUGGCGUCGACGGUACGGGGACAAUAAUAUCGUGUCGAUCCGGCGGACCGUUUGACGAUCUGUCAUCUUCGUAGUAGGAUACAGUGGUUCGACAGCACGCGGUACAGACUUCGGUAGUGUAUUACGUAAUAGGCGAAAUUUAAAAAUAAAUUACUGCUCGCGACAUCGAUAAAACUACGGUAUUUACCGAACGCCGCAGUCGGCACGUUUCGUUUCGGGGGCCGAACGAUGAUAGUAAACAUGUGCAACAAAACGUUGAUCGGACGGUUGAUCAUCGGUGGAGCUAUGCUGUUGAUGCUGACCACGGAGUUGAUAUCAGGAUCUAUUGAUCACAAAAUACCGGAUGAAACGAUUUCACCUUUAAUUGAAGCUACGUCUAUAAGGGGUCCAUAUUUUGACAAAGUCGCAUCAAAAAAUGUCACUGCUCUAGUCGGUCACACUGCCUAUUUGAACUGCAGAGUGAGAAAUCUAGGGAAUCGGACGGUAUCAUGGGUUCGACAUCGAGGUAUACACUUGCUAACCGUGGGUCGUUACACGUAUACAAGUGACCAAAGAUUCCAAGCAAUACAUUCACCUCAGAACGAAGACUGGACACUACAAAUACGGUAUCCUCAAAUUAGAGAUAGUGGGUACUACGAAUGUCAAGUAGGCACAACGCCUCCAAUUGGGCAUGCGAUGGUUUUAACGGUCGUAGAACCUAUAACAACAAUCAUUGGAGGUCCCGACAUGUUCAUCAAUAAGGGUAGUACUAUGAACUUAACGUGCAUUAUAAAGCAUAGUCCAGAACCACCACCACUGAUUUACUGGACACAUGACUCAAAAGAAAUAAAUUACGACUCGGCUAGAGGCGGGGUAAGUGUGAUCACGGAGAAAGGAGAAGUAACCACCAGUUAUUUGCUCGUACAAAGAGCGACCAGCACGGAUUCGGGAAAAUACACGUGUCACCCAAGCAACGCCAAUCCUCACACUGUCGUUGUACACGUUCUUAACGGAGAGCAUCCAGCGGCUAUGCAAAAAGGUUCAAAGCUCAGUUUGAAAUCUUCACUAUCAUUCCUCAGCGUCGCUUUGGUGCUAUUUAUGAGCACGUGAUUUACAAAUUGUAAAAUAAUAUUAUUAAUAAAUUAUAAGCUGUAAAAUACUAAAGACAUAAACUGAAACUUAUAAGCUGUACAAUUAUAUUAUGUAAUAUAUUACAUGAUAGUAUAUAAUCAUACCUUUAUGAUUUUCAGUUAUGUAAUAACUGUAUACUCAAACCGUUGUUUAUAUUAUAAGACUACCUAUGUAGAUAAUUACACAAAUUAAAAAAAAAAAACAAAUCCCACAAUUAUAGGUAUAAUAUGUUGUCUCCAAUAUUUAUUUUUAACAUUUUUUUAGUGUCGUUUUUAAAAAUGUAAACCUAAUCUAUUUAUUCUAUUUUAUAUGAAAACUCUUUCGUUUAAAGAUAAAAAUAAUUGUACACUUUAAACAGUAUUUUGUCUUCCAACAGUGAUAGUUAUUUUUAACUAAUUGGCACAGUGAUGCUAUAAAUACCAUUGAGUAUUAAUGUAUUAUUGACCCAAAGUAAAACAAAAAAAAUGUCAUUAUCAAUGAAAUCCAUACUUCAAAUGUAUCUUAUUAUAUAAUUUUUAUAUAAAUAGUUAAUAAUUUAAUGUAAAAAAUAUCAAAAUUGGUUUAUAAAACAAAUAAACAAAAAAAAAAAAAGUGUCAUGUCAAUGAUUGGCUACAAUAAAUUACAUAUUAUAUUCCUUACGGCACCACAUUCAUUCUGUUUCUAUAAGAACUGUUUUUUUUUUAUACAUUUUCCUCAUUAUUGUAAAUA